AUGAACAAUGCCGCUGAAUCCAGUCCGGAAAUUCAGGACGUUCCAUCGAUGAUUCUGGAGCUCAGGCAAGAGAUAUUACAGAUGCAGAGCUUGCUUUCCGGAAUGGAUGGCACAUUGUCAUCCCACACUGCCUCCAUAGACUCGCUCCGUUGCGCAGUGGACAGCGUGGGUGCAAGGAGCAGGAGCAAGCUCUCAGGAGGCUUAGAUCGGUGUAUGGAGAGCACCUCUGAGGGCCCGGAGGACGCUGCCUUCUCGUCCUUCGCCGUCAAUAUCAACACUGAGGUGAAUGAACGGCUGGAUACCGUGGAACUUGUGCAAGCUCCGCAGGAUCCUCCUGCGCUACUCCCACUUCCGGGGGUCAUCGGGCGAGAGGGUGGUCCAGAUGACUCGAGCCUGGUUCACCAGCACGUUACCUCUGCCACGCCACUGGAAAAG